AAUCGUGUCAAAAAAAACAACCAAAAAACAGCCAAAAAAGAAAAAAAAAACUCGGAGAGCGGAAUAGAGGCCAAUUCCAAAUCCGCCAUCGCAUCCUUCUCUCCAUCCACCGAGGCGGCGCCACCACCUCUCGUCCGGCGGCGGCGCGGCGCGACGCUCCAUCCCCGGCGAAAAGGCCGCCGGAUUCCCUGUGGGGGCGGCGGAGAGGCGUCGGAGGAGGCUGGCGCCGGCGCGGCGACAAGCUUAAUUAAGCAAAUUGGAUUCGGAUCACAAAGGAGGCGGUGCCUGUAGAAAAGCCAUGGCUUCUUCGGUGUUCAAGGCGAUGGCAGAGAAGGCAGGGCCGUCUGUCCGAAAGCAGGCCCUUACGCUGACCGAUGCAGCGGCGUCGAGGGUGCGCCAGCUGCUUGGCGUACGGCAGCGUGCUUAUCUCCGUCUUGGCGUCAAGGCCCGUGGUUGCAAUGGGUUGUCGUACACAAUGAAUUAUGCUGAUGAGAAGGGAAAAUUCGAUGAACUUGUGGAAGAUAAAGGAGUUAAGAUACUAAUUGAUCCGAAAGCUCUUAUGCACGUGAUUGGAACCAAAAUGGAUUUCAUUGAUGAUCCACUUAGGUCUGAGUUUGUGUUUAUGAACCCUAAUUCCAAGGGAGAAUGUGGUUGCGGCGAAUCAUUUAUGACAUCAACCAAAAACAAAGGCCCGGCAUAGUCCACCAAGUUUUGGCAGCGAUUUGUUGAUUAUUUGAUGUAUAGAAGUAUGUUGCUAAUUUGCUAUACACUUCAGUGACCCAUUGUAGAGGAAAAUUUCAUUUCAGCUCCAUUGAGCUGAUUAUCCUUCGUCACUCAGCAUGGUUGGCACUUGUUACCUUUCACCUCUGGAUUGGAUCAUCUGCAGCAAAGGAGGAUACUGCCAUUCCCCUCUAGCACGAAACAUCCAAUUGCAAGAUGCCUCCUGAUUGCAUACUCUGGUGAGAACAAUGGAGGUCAGCGUUCCAGCAACUCGCCUGAGGGAUCAUAUAACAGGAUUUUCGGCAUUCCAUCCACUCGCUAAGGGAUCAUAUAACAGAGGUCUUGUUUACAUCUUGUAAGAUGGCAUCCAAGGAUAGAUGUGGCAUUGUUUUUUUUCCUCUUUUGCACCAUGAUCUGAUAAUCACCUUGCUGCAUGUUCAUACUGAGAUUUUGAUCUCUCAUGUAACGGGAUUUUAUGCCAUUUAUGCUUUUCCUGGUUGGAAGUUGAUGUUAAAUUUAACCAUGAUUAUUAACCUA